CCAUUAGUCAUAAGAAGUCGGCAAUUGAGCGACGCAAGCAAGCUUUUCCGCAGCCAUGGCCUAGCUCCAUGUCGUCGUUUUCCUUCCUGAUGAGGGAAAAAAAGGUUGGGAUUGGUGGAGGAAUAUGCGUUGGACAAGAUGGGUGGGGAUGGAAGGAACCAAAGAGUCAUUAUUCAUCUACACAGACCUAUUCGCUUGGGUAGGUGGGUAACUUUCCAUGACAAUAGGAACUCUGCUUUCCUUUCUUUGAAACUGUGAACUAUAACCCCAAGAUAGUCGCAACUCUCUGCUUUGCUUUACACCCACUGCCCCGUCCAUUUUCAUUUCAACUUCUCUCUGAAUGGCUCAAGAAAGCAAGAUUUUGGUAAUCGGAGGGACUGGAUACAUCGGAAAAUAUAUAGCGGAGGCAAGCGCAAAAGCUGGACACCCCACUUUUGCACUGGUCAGAGAAAGCACAGCUUCUAAUCCCGAAAAAUCUCAACUCAUUGAGAGCUUAAAGAGUUCCGGGGUGAAGAUUCUCUAUGGAGAUAUCUAUAAUCAUGAGAGCUUGGUGAAGGCUGUCAAGCAAGUCGAUAUAGUGAUCUCUACAGUUGGGUCGCAACAGAUAGCUGAUCAGGUGAAGAUUAUUGCUGCCAUCAAAGAAGCUGGAAAUAUCAAGAGAUUCCUCCCAUCGGAGUUUGGACCGGAUGUGGAUUGUAUCCAUGCAGUUGAGCCUGCUGCAAGCUUUUUUGGGCUCAAAACUGGCAUCCGGAGAUCAAUUGAGGCUGAAGGAGUUCCAUAUACUUACGUCGUGUCCAAUGGCUUUGCUGGCUCCUUUUUGAGGAACUUUGGACAGGAUGGUGUCACAGCUCCUCCUAGAGACAAAGUAGCAAUAACUGGAGAUGGAAAUCCCAAAGCAAUUUUUGUCAAGGAAGAAGAUGUUGCCACUUAUACCAUAAAAGCAGUUGAUGAUCCGAGAACCUUGAACAAGAUUCUCUAUCUGAGACCUCCUGCCAACAUUUUGUCCUUCAAUGAGAUUGUCUCCCUGUGGGAGAAGAAGAUAAGCAAGACCCUCGAAAAGAUUUAUGUUCUGGAGGAUGAACUUCUUAAAAAAAUCCAGGAAUCUCCUGACCCCUUUAACCUCUAUAUAUCCAUCAGUCACUCCGUGUUUGUGAAGGGAUCAGCUGGAAACUUUGAGAUUGACGCUUCUAUUGGCGUGAAGUCUUACGAGCUUUAUCCAGAGGUGAAAUACACCACUUUGGAUGAACUCCUGGAUCAAUUUCUCUAAAACUUGGGGCAGUCGAUCGUUUGUCGCAACAUGUUAUUUUUUGUCGUUGUCUAUGUCACAUUUGCUACUUGUCGUUUGCCCUUAAUUAGAUUAUUUUGUAGCUUGCGAUAGAAAAUGUUAAUCUUUUAGCGUUUAAAAUCAAAUUUUCUUUUGCUUUUGCUGAUGGGAGGACCAUGAAAAGUUUCUGUUGAUUUCUGUUUAUUGCUACUUUAAUGUUAUGUGUUGAUAAAGUUGGAGGACAUAGGCCUAUGAAAUUGAAUCA